AUGAUUUACCUGGUGGUGAUUUCCGCCCUGUCCGGAGCUCUGGUGACUCUGGUGGUGCAGUUGCUGCUGAUUUACCGGCGGAGCGCGGAGCCCGUCGGCAGGACGGUGCAGUACGUCAGAGUGCUGCCCGGCGACGCGCUCAGGGAUUACUUCAACCACAGUCAGCCCGUGGACGCCACCCAGCAGCAGCAGGAGGCCCGUCAGGAGGCAGCCACCGCCGGCGGCAGCCCCAAACAACCCCCACCUUCUUUCCACGGUGAGCCCGAAACCUGCCACUUUCUCAACGCUAUCUUCCUCUUCCUCUUCCGGGAGCUGAGGGACACCCCUGUGGUCCGGCACUGGCUCACCAAGAAGAUCAAGGUGGAGUUCGAGGAGCUGCUGCAGACCAAGACCGCGGGCCGGCUCCUGGAGGGGCUCAGCCUCAGGGACAUCUCCCUGGGCAACUCCUUACCAGUCUUCAAGACCGCCAUGCUGCGGAAGCCGGUCCACCUCAAUGAGGAUGGCAUGCCCGAGGAGCUCAACUUCGAGGUGGACAUCGAGUACAGUGGCGGCUUUCACCUGGCCAUCGAUGUGGAGCUGGUGUUUGGGAAAUCUGCUUACUUGUUUGUAAAGAUGAGGCGAGUGCUGGGCAGGCUCAGGCUGCAGUUCACGCGCAUGCCCUUCUCCCAUUGGUCCUUCGCCUUCCUCGAGGACCCACUGGUGGACUUCGAAGUGAGGUCUCAGUUUGAAGGAAGGCCACUGCCUCAGCUCACCUCCAUCAUAGUCAACCAGCUGAAGAGGGUCAUCAAGAAGAAGCACACCUUACCAAACUACAAAAUCAGAUACAAGCCUUUCUUCCCAUUUCAAGUGCUGCCUCAGCCAGGUACAGAGUGUGAUGUGGAUCUGUCAGUCCGUGACUGCAGGCUGGUGGAAGGCAGACUCAAAGUCACACUCAUUGAAUGUAGCCGACUGUUCAUUCUGGGUUCAUAUGACAGAGAAACCUAUGUUCACUGUACCCUGGAGCUCAGCAGUCAUGAGUGGAAGGAGAAGACACGCAGCUCCAUCAAGAAAUCUCAUCAGCAUCUGGCGGUUCACUGCAGUGUUAGCCACCAGCACCCUGGUGCUGGAGGGUACCUGACGUCCUGGCACAGAGAUCAGGCUUUUACAAACUACUCCAUGUAUUCAGACCUAAUGGGACAGUACAGCAGACUGUUCAUUCUGGGUUCAUAUGACAGAGAAACCUAUGUUCACUGUACCCUGGAGCUCAGCAGUCAUGAGUGGAAGGAGAAGACACGCAGCUCCAUCAAGAAAACAGAGAUUAUCAAGGGGCCAUGUGGCAGCGUGGGGAUGACGGUCAGACAAAUACCUACUAGUGAAGGAGACGCAGUUCAUGUCAGCAUUGAGACCGUUAAUCCAAACUUCCCUGCAGCUUUGGCAGACCUGCAGAGGGGUGAUCGCCUCAUUGCCAUUGGAGGUGUCAAGGUGACAUCCUCAGUUCAAGUGACCAAACUGCUGAAGCAGGCUGGAGAAAGGGUUGUUGUAUUGUAUGAGAGACCGGUGCGUCACCAAACAUCCUCUUUGGGAAGUCUGGGACCUUUUCAGGAAGGCUUUGGGCAGCUAGAGGAUACUGGUUUUAUUUCCCAGCAAGGUGGCUAUGAAGAAGAUCCAGCACCCAUAACCACUGUUUCUGACCUAUCUGAUGGCAAAGACAUGGACUCAGAGUUUGAAGAGUUGAAUGUUGACUCCAAACCUAAUCAGACUAGUGGCCCUAACAACAGUACAACAAAUUCCACUGACACAAAGAAGGAUUCCUUGCUAUCUGUAAACCAAAGCCCAAAAAGGACUGUGGCCAACUUGGCCUCAAAGCCUCUUGGUACCAUAUCACCAAUCCUCAAUCGGAAGUUAAACCUGGUGGGUCUUCAAUCACCCCUGAAGCCCCAGCUGAAAGAGUCCCCAAAGCCCUCUCCACAGAAAACUAGUAACGAACCUGUUGAAAGUCUGCAACGCCCCACUGUCCCUCCCCCACCUCCUCCCGCUCGACCCCCUGUGCCACCAAGACCUCAAAUCAGGCUGACAUCCUCAGAACCCAGUCUUACAGAUGGUGUGGAUUCUUCUACAGCAAAUGCUGCUGUUUCAACGACCACAAAUUCCACUGUUGCACCUUCUGAAAAGUCUCCAGAAAAAUCUCCUGUCAUUGGUGCCAGUGAGGACAAGACCAGCACUGAAAAGAUCAAAAAGGAUGAGUCAAAGUUCUCGACAAAGGCAGUAGAUGAUGAGCUGCCAGCAUCUUACACAGUGACCAGCACCAAGGCUGAUCAGGCAAAGGACAAGGCCUCAGAGAGCCCCUGCACCACACGAGACAGUCUGGGGGAUAAUACUCUCUGGGAGUCUCCAGAAACCAUGUUCCGUAAUCGGACAGCAUGCUGGUCCAAGGCCUCUGUGGUGUUUGAGGUGGAGAGCAACCAUAAGUACCUUAAUGUGGCCCUGUGGUGCAGAGAUCCCUUUAAGGUGGGUGACUUGUUAUGCCUCGGUCACAUUAGCCUCCAGCUAGAACAUGUAGCCUUGGAAUCUAUGGCCACAUCAUCAGCAGAGUACCAGAGCACCUUUAGGCUGAGGCCUCCAGAACCGAGAGCUAAUGUCAGCCGUACUGCUCUACGUAACCUCAGUGCCCACAAGGGCUUCAAUGAGAAACUGUGCUACGGUGAUGUCACACUGAACUUCUGCUACUUGGCAGAUGGUGAGUUGGAGUGUCCAGGGGUACUGUCAGAAAAGGAGCGAGAAGGAAGUCUCCAUGAUGAGGACAUAAGAGAGAAAGAGAAGGAGCACAUGCCCGAAGCAUCACGUGACGACUUGGCCUAUGGGGCCAUGCAGCUGACGGAGGUUCGUCACAACUUCCAGGACACACAGUUCCAGAAUCCCACCUGGUGUGAAUAUUGCAAAAAGAAAGUUUGGACCAAAGCAGCAUCUCAAUGUAUCAUCUGCGCUUAUGUUUGCCACAAGAAAUGUCAGGACAAGUGUCUCACAGAAAGUCCUUUCUGUGUGGCAGCCUCUGAACGCCGUGGUGCUGACCCUGAAGCCAAAUCGACCAUAAACCGGGCCACAACUGGCUUAACACGACAUAUCAUCAACACAAGCUCCCGCCUGCUUAACCUCCGGCAAGUUCCUAAGACGCGACUGGUUGAGCAGGUGGUGGAUGCUUUGCCUGGAGCAGCGGAGCCUUCACCCAAGCAGACGCCCAACACCUCGGACAACGAGAGCAGUGAUACUGAGACCUACACCAGUGGUCCAAGCCCCUCAAAACAAGUCACUGGCAGCAGUUGCGGCAGUAAGCUUGCACGUAAGGAAAGUGGGCUAGACGACAGCGUGUUCAUUGCAGUCAAGGAGAUCGGCCGCGACUUGUACCGCGGGCUACCCACAGACGAACGUUCUCAGAAACUAGAGCUGAUGCUGGACAAGCUGCAGCAGGAAAUUGACCAAGAGCUGGAGCACAAUAACGCUCUUCUGCUGGAGGAGAGGGAGACAGGAGAUGCCCGGCGCAAAGCCCUGAUUGCUGCUGCCCUGUCCAAGUCGGGCGAGAGACUCCAGGCCCUCACGCUGCUAAUGAUCCACUACCGUGCAGGCAUUGAGGACCUGGAGUCAGUGGAGAGCACAUCUCCUUCAGACCAGCAAGGCCUCAAGGCCAAAGGAGAAGGUCUGGAGGAGGAGUCCCUGAUGGGGAGCGAGGUCUAUGACAGUGACGCAUGCAGUCCUGUGGAGGUGCCGUUGCUGGAUGACAUUACUGAGGAACAGAUCUGUGUGGAGGCACUUCACUAAGAUUACAAGAGAGAGAGACGAGGAAGUUAGGAUUUGGGUUAAAAAAAAAUAACAGGCAAUUUUAAAAUAUCUGGGCUCUUGGUGUCCCAUGUUUGAGUCCCACUUUUUAGAACUGGCAACUUAAAGAAUUUCCCUCUACGGACACGUAAUAAACUGGUUAUUGAUGUUUUGAUUUGCACAACAUGAUGCCUUUUCUGUGCUUUUGGUUUUUAAAGGGAAGCCUGAACGCUGCACUGUACUCUGCCCCGGUCGUGCUGCAUGGAUGUAUUCUGGUUUUCAUUUGUUUCUGAGGCUUCAAAAUGUCCCCAAAAGCAUUAGGUCAGUUUGCUUUCUGAUACUGUUGUCUGUAACUGCUUGCAUACAAGAAUUUAAGCAUUUGCCAGUGAAAUCAAACCUUAAUUCAUCUUAAUUUUGAAGCGUUUAUUUGU